AAUUUCACCACUGAAUAUUAUCUCCCCUUCUGGGACCCCUCAGAGACAUGGUCAGUCACCAUUGGUAUUUAGCUUUACAAAUUUAGUCUUCAAAAUUCUCUGAUCAUGUCUGAUUGGCUAGGAAUAUGGAUGCAGCCUCUGCAGGAAUACACAGAUAUAAAGCAAAGCAUCUCCAACCUUUCCAUGAAAACAGAGCUCUGGCGGCGGAUGAAAAAUGCACGCAGUCACCGUGAUCACUUUUGCUCUUGUGAUUCCAUCUGCUUUUGCAGGGCCCUGGGCAAAUAUAUGUUCAACUCAGCCGGCAAACAGAGUAAGAGGCUGCGAUUCCAAAGGCUGCGGCGGAUACACCAAUGAAAGAGGAAGCCAGAUGCACCAGGGGGUAGAUGUCAUCUGCAAGGAUGGAUCAAUCGUGUAUUCUCCAUUCACUGGAAACAUUGACAGAAAAGUUAAGCCUUAUGGAAACCGUAAUGCCAUUGAUAAUGGCAUUCAGCUUUCUGGAUCAGGACAUUGCAUUAAGAUGUUUCAUAUCAAACCAUUCAAGAGCAGAGGACCCAUCAAGAAAGGCCAGAGACUUGGUGUAAUGCUCCCAAUGCAAAAAGUGUACCCUGGAAUUACAUCUCAUGUUCACAUCCAGAAUUGUGACUUGACCGAUCCAACUCACUACUUCUAAAUGUGUGUAAAUUCAUGCACAAACAUGAACCAAAACAUUUGAGCUAUUGUGUAGUUAAAACUGUUUCUCUCUAAAAAAUGGAGCCAAUAAAAUGGAAGCCCUUUUAUAAUGAA